AUGAAUAACCUAAAAUUUGAUCUAGCUUUCUAAGUUCAGCUAGAUGGAAGUUAUGCACCUUAGGAUCUAAGCAAGUAUCUAGAAAUAAAAUUUUCAGAGAUAGACUUUGAAUGGGCACAUGAUGGAAAGUCUUAUUCGUAAAAUUAUAGAGAAAUUCCAUUAAUUAAAUGCCCUAAUGGAAGAUUUAACAAUGAAACUGUUUAAACUGACAACAUAAAGUUAACUGAGAGCUAUCUAUGUCCUCAAACUAUAGAUUUUAAGUUUCGUGGAUCAUUUGUAUCUAAGAAGUCUACAUAUAUUUUACUCGGAUUCAAGAAAUGUCUUUAGAAGAAUAUGGAUGCUCAGAAAAAAAAUAUAACAUGUGCCUCUGAAGCUGAAAUUAACUCAGUGUUUGAUAGAUUAUCUGUAAAUGUUGCAUUAAUGAAUCAAUUCGUGGAUGUUGAUGAUAAGUCAUCUAAUCCAAUAAAGACUCUGAUUAAGAGUUUAUACAUGACUAGUAAUUCGAUGUUUUCAAUUUCUGAUGCUCUCUCUACAACUGGAGGUUUCAUAGGAAUAAUCUCUAUCAUUCUAAACUACUUUUUAUGCUGGUUUUAAGACAUAAUGUUCUAUCAACAAAUUAUUCAUGAUAUGUUCUAUGUUGAAAAGAAAAAUGAUAUGCCCAGAGUAUUAAAUGAAAAAAAUUAAUGCAACUUGAAACUGCAUCCAAGUAUAGGAAUAAGGUAAAAUUAAGAUUCUAAGAGCAAACCUCAGUUUAAGAGCAAAGAAAAUGGAAAUCGAUAUUAGACUCUACUUAAUACUAUUAAACAAAGAGUUAAAUUCAGGUUCACAUUAGGAGAAUUAUUUAGAGCUUUAUGCUUAUGUGUAAAAACAACAAGUUCGAAGAAAAUAGAAUAAAGGAAAAGACUAUUUAAGAUUGCUAGGAAAAAGAUAGAUAAUUUAUUCGAAAUAGAGAGAAUAUUUAAAACUAUGAAGACUGCUAAAUUACUUAACAAAAUUAUUCUAUCAAAGUAUUAAAGAAAGCUCACUCCAUUUUUCAGAUCAAGUCUAGUAAGAAGUAAAAUAGAUUUGAGUGACAUUAAAAAUGUUGACUAAAAGUAGCAUCUUUGUAAUAAAAAAGAAGAGUUAUCUGAUUGGUCCAUGAAGCUAUUUUGA